AUGCCCUCGCAACCACCAAAUAGAAGCAACAACGCAUUGGUCGUUCACAACCCCAACCAAGGCCGUCGACCCCGCCCUGACAAUCGACGCCGUGCUGGGGGUCCUCGUCGUCCCAAUCCUCAAUGGCAAGAGCAAGAUGACGUUAGUGCUGUCAGUGAUGCUGACUAUGAAGAAGACUAUGAAGAACCUCGGUUCAAAUAUUCUACAGCUGAAUUACGAAAUGCAUCUUGCAUUAGAAACCAAAAGUGUUGUAUUGCCUCAAUGAUUAUAUUAUGCUUGAUUGUGGCCAUUGUCAUUUCACUUGUGGUCCAAAAAUUUAUGAAAGACUUGGAAGAAGAUGCCAACAAAGUCCCAACGGAUCCUCCUACAAUUGCACCAUCGAUUUCUCCAGCACCAAGUUUGUCACCUUCGGUUACCGCUGGAAGGUUUCUUCGACAUGCAUUAGAAGAAUGGUAG